AUGGCGUUGGAUACUUCAACUACGCUGGAUGGAACGCUGAUUUCGAAGCAUAGCAUGUCGGACGAGUCGCGGAGAUCGCUAGAUGCAGCCGCGCCAGCUCACAACCAGUACGAAAUCUAUCCUAUAAGCCUCCACAGUUUGCAUGAGGGAGCCAGUAUUGCGUCCAACGCAACCACCAAUGCGAAUAAACUGUUGCAGCGCACAAGGACCAACCAGUCGGAGUUGCUGCGGAUCCUAACGGGGAUUCGCGAUGACCAGCUUCUAGACGAGGAACGGAGGAGCCAGUAUCGCGAGCGCGGCGAGGCGGAGUAUAUAUUGGCGCACGAGUUGGAGAAGGCGACGACUGCCGUGGGGAAAAGCCGGCCUCACUCCGUGGCCGAUGUGGAGCUGAUGAGGCUACGCGCUACGAGGGACGAUAAGAGAGAGGAAAAGCGCGAGGAUGUGGAAAGUGCGCGUGGCAGCGAAAGUGAUGGUGGCGGCGGUGACGAGGUCGAUCUUGAUCAUAGGCCCGAUGGCGGGUUUGCUUGGUUGAUGGCGAUAUGUGCCAUGUUGUCCGUCUUCUCGACGUGGGGAGCUAACGCCGCGUACGGGGUCUUUCUCAACUACUAUUUGAACAACGCCACUUUCCGCGGCGCCACCGAGUACGACUAUGCGUUGAUUGGUGGCAUUGUUGUCUGCUUAGCCAAUUUGCUUUCCCCGAUUAGUGUCUUGCUUUACAAGAUCUUGGGGUUCAAGUUGGUUUGCUGCUUGGGGAUCAUCUUUCAGACUAGUGGCUGGAUCUUGGCCUCUUUCGCCACGGAGAUUUGGCAUCUUUACCUCACGCAAGGGGUGCUCGUUGGCAUAUCCUUUAGUUUGAUCUUUAUACCAGCGACAAUGAUCCUACCCACGUGGUUCCACAAGAUGAAAGCAGCGUCGAUGGGCACAUGUGUCGCGGGCGCCGGGUUGGGGGGAUUGAUUUUCUCCUUGAGCUUGAAUAAAGUCAUCGAGGACACGGGCGACCAGAAAUGGGCCUUGCGAAUGGUGGGGUUGGUCUGCUUGGCCACCGCGUUAUUCUGCGGGCUAUUGAUGCGGCCUAGAAACUACAGAUUACCCUCGGUGAAAGAAAGGUUUAGUCUGCAGUUUAUCAAGACCAAUGCGAGAGUGAUUUUCGACAUCAAGGUGUUUAAAAAUGGCGGCAUUCGACUCGUGGCGUUGUGGUUUGCCAUUGCGUUGGUGGGGUACACCUUGAUGUUGUUUAGUGUUUCCUCGUAUGCCUCGUCGGUGGGGUUGAGCCAUUCGCAAGCGUCAGUGAUGACGGCCGUGAUGAAUGCCGCGCAGAUUGUUGGCCGGCCCACAAUGGGUCUCACUGCAGAUAGAUUCGGGCGGGCCAACUUCACGGGUGCGAUAAGCUUGGUGGUGAGCAUCAUGUUGUAUGCAUUUUGGAUCAAUGCAAGAACAUAUGGUUCGCUAAUUGCAUUCUCCGUCGUCAUUGGGCUUAUAAUUGGUGUUGGUUCGUCCUUGGCGCAGCCGUUGGCUGCAGAUUCACUCGAAGGGGAAUUGGAGAAACUACCUGCUGGAUGGUCGGGCAUCUGUAUCUUUGUUUCAUUUUUCUGCUUAGUUGCGGAAGUUAUUGCAUUGUCCUUGGUUCAGAAGCAGUCACCGAGACCAUAUCUCCAUACCCAGAUUUUCGCUGGCACUUGCUUUUUUGCCUGUUUCUUGUUGAUUUUCCCAUUGAGGGAGUUUCUAGUGAAAAAGACCCUCACGGAGAGGUACAACGAGGCCAAGCUUCGGUCGGAGAAACUCGCGAGCGGUGAAGUCACCAAGAGUGGCUACUUGAAAAAUAACUCGAGAGACUUCACCGACAUGAUUGAAGAACACGAGGAGGAUGUUCUCCAGGAAAGAAUAGCACGAUACGAGCAACUUUUACAAAAUUCAUUGAAAGCAUACAUUAUUCGCAUGGUAUAUCCUAUAAAAGUAUAG